AUGUCCUGCUCCAGCCUGUGCAACACUUCCUGUGGGGUGGCCGCCCCGGCCCCGCUUGCCGACAGCUGCAACGAGCCCUGCGUGCGCCAGUGCCCUGACUCCACGGUGGUCAUCCAGCCCCCACCCUCAGUGGUCACCUUGCCCGGGCCCAUCCUCAGCUCCUUCCCGCAGCACAGCACUGUUGGCUCAGCGGGACUCCCUGGCGUUGGAGGGGGCUUUGGUGGCACCUUUGGAGGCCGUAGUGGUUAUGGCGGCCUUGGGGGCUAUGGGGGCUAUGGAGGC